GGGCUGCGCUCGGCCAUGGCCGACCCCGGGGACCCGCCCGGCUUCCAGAGGCCGCCGGCGAUGCUGCGGCUGAAGCGCAAACGCCCGCGGAGGAGCGAACCCGCCGCCGCCGCCGCCACCGCCCCGGCCCCGCGGGGCCCCUCCGCGCCCGCCCGCCGCAACCCCUUCUGCAGCCUGAACAACAACAACGCGCCUCAGCGGGCGGCGGCCCCUCUGCCCCCGGCCCCGGCGGGCGGGGAUCCAUCGGCAGCGCCCUUCUGGCAGUUUUUAGAGCCUGCCUGUGAAGAGAAGCCCCCCGGGAGAGCAGAGCCCGCGGGAGGAGCCGACAUCCUCGCCCUAACCGAGGACCUUCAUUUACCUACUGCUGUACCCAAAGUUCCCUCCUCACCAAGACAGGAAUUCCCUGCAGACUGGAGUAUUAAAACACGGAUUCUGUUCAUGUCUUCCCAACCUUUCACCUGGACAGAACACUUAAAAGCACAAGAGGAAGCUCAGGGACUUGCUCAGCACUGUAGAGCUACAGAAACCACCUUGCCCCCGAGUGUGCAGGAACCCCAGCUGUGCACAGAGCUGCGUUGUGCCUUCCAGCAGAGCCUCGUGUACUGGCUCCACCCUUCGCUGCCCUGGCUGCCGCUGUUCCCUCGGAUUGGGGCAGACAGGAAAAUAGCUGGAAAGGCUUGUCCUUGGGCACAGGAUGAGGCCUUGCAGCAAGUGCUCAGGAGUGACUGGUGUGUGAGCUUCUCCUCGCUGUACCGGCUGCUCAAGGCGGGGCUGUGUCCCUAUUUCUACGUGUGCUGCCCGCAGUUCACGGUGCUGUUCCGCGCCGCGGGGCUGGGGGGCAGCGCCGUGCCCAGCGCCGCCAUCGCCCCCACCACCCGCGGCUUCAGGGAGGCCCUCAGGAGCGAAGGCAUAGAGUUCUCCUUACCUUUCGUAGAAGAGAGAGCCAGGAGACAGAAGAACUCCGAGGAGGAUUUGGGAACAGAAGUGGCUGAUGGCUUCAGAGGGGGCAGCAGUGCAGAGGAUGCAGAGGAGCCAGCUCUGAGUGAUGAUGAUGAGGAGGAAAGCUUCUCUUGGCUCGAGGAGAUGGGAGUCCAAGACGAGGUGAAGAAACCAGACACCAUUUCCAUCCAACUGCGCAAGGAGAAGCAGGAGGUGCAGGUGGAUCACAGGCCCGAGUCGCUGGCGCUGGUGAGGGGCUCGGACACGCUGACCCUGCUCAACCUGCUCAUCAACUGCCGCAGCCUGGUGGCCGUGGCGGGGCCGCAGGCGGGGCUGCCCCCCACGCUGCUGUCCCCCGUGGCCUUCCGGGGGGGCACCAUGCACACGCUCAAGGCCCGCAGUGCCCGUGCCCGUGUGCCAGGGGGCUCGGAGGACGUGUUCAGCCUGGAGGUGCUGGGGCCCGUCCUGCCCCACACCCUGCGGGCGCUCACCCGGCUGCUGGGCCCGGCCCAGCGCGGGGCCUUCCGAGCCCUGCUCAGCACACACCAGCCCAGUGCUGCCUUCAACUGCUGCCCCCAGCCACAGGAGGCUGUGGGAUCCCAGCAGGAUCUCCCUGCCUGUGGGCUGCAUCCCAAGGCUCUGGAUGGGCUGAGGCAGUGUCCGACCCUGGGCAAGUCUGCCAUCCGCUUCCUGGAGAUGAAGGACUAUGUGUACACCUGGAAGGCCUAGGAAUGCUGGUGCCACUCCUGGAGCAGGAUGUUCCAGGUGUGCUGUGCUCAGGGGGGUGUGGGCAGCACCUGGGCAGGGACAUCCCAGACACCGCCCAUGGCACAGAAACACUUCUGAGGGCUUUUAAUGGAAAGAGAGGCUUUGGGCUUCUCCUUUUGUAUUUUAGAAAGUCUUUUUUUAAAUAAAACUCUUCAUUUUA